AUGUCCAUCUAUAGGGUACUUUCUCGAGCUUCCAGAAGCUUCACGCUGCUCUCUGCUUUGCAGAAGCCACAACCCCUCUCCACCACUUUCUUCCAUCACUUCAGUUCCUUUCCUCAUCAAUCAUCCAAUAAGGUUAUUCCGAUUCAAGCCAAUUUGUUUUGUCCUUCAAUAAGUUCAUCCUUGAAUCCAAGAUUUGGAUUUUCUACCUCGGCCUCAUCGGAGUCUUCAAAAACAAGUGAAGAGGCUAAUGUAACUGAUCGGAAUGAAGAAGAUAACGGUGAAGAUCAAACGAAAGACUCAGAUGCAGAGAUUGAAUGUGAUCUAUCCAAAGAUGAGUUAAUAAAGCUUGUUACUGAGAAGGAAGCACUUUUGAAGUUAAAGCACAAAGAGAUUGAAAAAAUGCAGGAUAAAGUUUUACGUACUUACGCAGAGAUGGAGAAUGUCAUGGACAGGACUAAACGCAAUGCAGAGAAUUCAAAAAAAUUUGCCAUACAGAAUUUCGCCAAGAGUUUACUAGAUGUUGCUGACAAUCUGGGAAGAGCUUCUUCAGUUGUAAAGGACAGUUUUUCAAAAAUUGAAUCACCUAAAGAAUCUGAUGAAGCCGCACCACUCCUGAAAACGCUUCUGGAAGGUGUUGAAAUGACUGAGAAACAACUUGCAGAGGUACUUAAAAAGCAUGGUGUAGAAAAAUUUGAUCCUACAAAUGAACCAUUUGAUCCAAACAGGCAUAAUGCCAUCUUCCAAAUACCUGAUGCUUCCAAACCUCCAGGCACUGUUGGAGCUGUUCUGAAGGCAGGAUAUAUGCUUUAUGACCGCGUACUUCGUCCAGCAGAAGUUGGGGUAACACACGAAGUUGAGGAAAACAAAACAGAUGAAUGA